AACUUUUUGUUUCAUCCACCAUCUUGAGUUCAAUGGAUCUCUCUUUUUUUCUGAACAGAGUGAACCAAGCCAUUCAAAGUAUUUUUCUAGCUCUGUCGAGACAACAGAUCCAUUACCCAGCUCCACAGCUACAAAAAGAGCCAUCCUUCAGAAGAUUGCCAGGCAGGCUAGCAUCCAACCCCAACAGCGGCAAGAUGAUCAAGAGUCCAGAUCAGCCCAAUUCCAAGCGGACAAUGCUGAGAAGGGCUCUGCCGAAACAUGUCAUCCUGUCACCAUAUCGUCUGGCAGCUUGCUCACGGGUGAGUCAUUGGAGGAAGGGAAAGCUGUGUUGUCAUCUAAAUUAAGUAACAGUAAAGAGGUCACUGAACCACAUCUUGACGCUACCGGUCCGAGGAGAUGUCCACGGACCCCAAGUAGCUCAGGAGAACACGCUGACCGCCAAAAGACAAAAAGAUCGCGUCUUGGAGAGCCUGCAGCAUCAAGCGAUUCCAACAAUCCCUCUUCCGACAUUGCUGCACCAGACUCUGUUUGCAAUCCCCAGCCUGAGAUUUCACAGACUAACCAAAGCGGGCUGGCCGCAAGUCUGAAAGGCCUAUCCGUCAAGCCCGUAUCCUCUGGGUCCUCUAUUAGUUCCAGAUCGGUCGCCAGGGAGGGAAAGAAGGGGGGUGAGUCCAGAACAUCCCGAUUACGCCGACUCAAGAAGCCCUGAGGGGCGCAGCGGCACAGAACGGGAGAGGAUGUCUGACGCCACCACGAUGGAGGUUACAGUACACACUUCUACUGUAAUACUGUCUGUCAGCGGCGGUUGCACAAGAGUUCACCACACACAGUCUCUGCACAUACAGUACUUCCCUUCUCCCUUUAAACUGAAAAACACACAAAACUGCUUAAACGCUUGAAUUAGAUUACCAAGAAGCUCUCAAAUGUUUGAAUAGACUCCACUAGCAACAGCUUAAAUGGAACUCAAGCAAACAGUAACUUCACUCUAAACAAAAACACGAAUGUAGUUCACGUUUUCGGUGCAAGAUUUGUAUUUCAGACUAGCGGGAGCCAUUGAGCACACUGUGGCUUCAAGCCCAAAUCUCUGGC